UUUCUUUCGUCUUUUGUUAAGACGGAGACACAGAAAAAAAGAUGAGGAGGUGGGGAGAGAGUGUGAAGUCCAUCAGCAUCGCAUAAGAAGGAAAGCAGAUGAGUUCGGAGACGGACGGCAAGGGGUGGAGCAAGGCGGCAAGGGGAGUGGUCGUCAAGGCGUUGCUGGUGGCGGGAGGCGCUCUGCUCCUCCGCCGUCUUACCAAGUCCACCACUCGAUGGGACCACGCCCGCUUCGUCUCUCACUCCCUCUCCGGCGAGAAGUUCUCCAAGGAGCAAGCCGCCAGAGAUCCCGAUAAUUACUUUAACAUCAGAUUACUAACGUGCCCCGCCGCUGAGAUGGUGGACGGCUCAAGGGUCAUGUAUUUCGAACAGGCGUUCUGGAGAACUCCCCAGAAGCCCUUUCGCCAGAGGUUUCUGUUGGUGAAACCCUGUCCCAAAGAGUUGAAGUGUGAUGUUGAGGUUAGUUCAUUUGCCAUCAGAGACAUGGAAGAGUAUAAGAACUUCUGUGAUCGUCCAAAGGACCAGAGGCCGCAACCCGACGAAGUUAUCGGCGAUGUUGCAGAGCACUUGACAACAAUAUAUCUCAAGCGUUGUGAUCGUGGAAAGCGUUGCUUAUAUGAAGGUUCGACUUCACCCGGCGGGUUCCCUAAUUCAUGGAAUGGGGCAGCCUACUGUACAUCUGAACUUGCAAUUUUGAAGAACCAUGAAUUACAUUUUUGGGAGAGGGGAUACGAUGAGGAUGGACAGCAGGUUUGGGGACCCAAGAGUGGUCCAUACGAGUUUAAGCAUGCUCCGGCCUCAAGCUUCAGUGAUGUGUUCUCUCUGAAGUUUCCUCUUCCGCAGUCCAUGGAGAAGAGUAUAGAAGGAUCAUUUGUUUUGCGAGAAUGAGUUAAAUGUCCAUGUGUGGUAGCUUGAGAUAGUAUUGUGGUGAAAGGCAAAUAUUGUAAAUGCCGCCUCCUAGCUGUCCUCUCGCGAGUUUUUUGGUGGCACAUGCCCUGUAAAAUUGCAAAUCUCUUCAAUAUGUCAGCUGUGCAUCCUGGUUGGAUUA